GUCUGUUGGGAUUUGCAUCAGCAUCAGUGUGAGGGGACAGCGAUGCAGCAGAGACACAUGGGCGCCCGCACCGCCUGCACCGCCUGCCGGCUCUGACUGCAGCUCUCCGUCCAUCCACCGGGAGACCGGAAUGCUGAGAGAGGCUGCCGCAACCCCCCACCAGGACCAGCCCCGGACCAAGCCGCUGUGGGCAGACUGAGGACUGGGCAGGACCGCAUCACAUCGCCUCCUGCGCGCCUGAGGCUUUCCGUCCCUCCCGAGCCGCCGUAGCGAUGGGAGAAAACGUGUCCAAGCGUCUGAAGCAGUUCACGGCUCCAGACGCGGACAUGGAGGAGCGCUCUUUCCCGAACCCGUACCUGGACUGGGAGCAGGGGCCGGGACAGGGACCCGGCUCCAGCUCCGGAGCAGAACCCCGGUACAACGAGCCGUUGGACGCCGACGGACAGGUGAGCGCAGCUUUCCAGAAGAAGGUCCAGAAUAAGAUCAAAGAUCUCCUUCAGCAGAUGGAGGAGGGCCUGAAGACCGCCGACCCCCAUGACUUCUCCACCUACACUGGCUGGACAGGCAUUGCCCUGCUGUAUCUCCAGCUGCACCGGGCGUCCGGUGAGGCCACCCACCUGCAGAGGGCGCUGGACUACGUGAAGAGGAGCAUGAGGAUCCUGAAUGGCCGUAAAGUGACUUUCCUGUGUGGUGACGCGGGGCCGUUGGCAGUGGGUGUCGUGGUUUACCACAAACUGAAUAACACAGCUGAUAGUCAGGACUGCCUGUCCAGGCUCCUCCAGCUGCAGGGCUCCGUGCUGGCUCCAGACUCUGAGAUGCCAGAUGAGCUGCUGUAUGGCCGGGCCGGCUACCUUUACGCUCUGCUCUACGUUAACAAGGAGAUAGGAGCUGACACGGUGGAUGACGGCACCAUCACAAAGGUGGUGAUGGCCAUCGUGGAAUCAGGGAAGAACAUGUCAGCGGAGCAGAAGAAGACGGAUCGCUGCCCGCUGCUCUACGAAUGGCACAAGAAGCAGUACAUUGGUGCAGCCCACGGCCUGGCUGGAAUCUACUACAUGCUGAUGCAGCCAGGAGCCAAGGUCCAUCCAGACAUUGUGGCCCAGUUGAUCCGUCCCAGCAUCGACUACGUCCGCCACAAGAGGUUCCGUUCGGGCAACUUCCCGUCGUCGCUGAGUAACGAGAGCGAUCGGCUGGUCCACUGGUGCCACGGAGCCCCUGGUGUCGUCCAUAUGCUCAUCAUGGCUCACAAGGUGUUUAAAGAGGAGAAGUACUUGAAGGAGGCCGCAGAAUGUGCCGAGGUGAUCUGGCAGCGGGGCCUGCUCAGAAAAGGCUACGGGAUCUGCCACGGCACGGCCGGCAACGGAUACGCCUUCCUGUCCCUUUACAAGCUGACCCAGGAGAGGAAAUAUCUGUACCGGGCCUGCAAGUUUGCUGAGUGGUGCUUGGCCUACGGGACCCACGGCUGUCGCAUCCCAGACAGACCCUACUCUCUUUUUGAAGGUAUGGCCGGGGCUGUCUACUACCUAUCAGAGGUGGAAAAGCCUGAAGCCUCCUGCUUCCCUGCCUUUGAAAUCUGACCAGCCGACUGACGGGAUAGAGGAUGAAGGACACGUGGACAACAUGUUUGAGUCUUUGUUCGAAGCGGGUCAAGGAUGUAUUUGUGAUGCGGAUUUCAGAAGUCGGCGAUUAAACAGAAAAGGGAAGAAGUGAGCUGAGUGAGGGUAAACAUCUCGUUUGGUUUGUGAAGAUAAGAUAAGAUGAUAUGCAAACAGAUAAAGGCAAGAUUAACUACUGAAUGAUGUGGAUCUACAUCCAUGAAAACGAAAGGCGCGGCUGGACUGAUGAGGACAAUGUUGUGGAUGUCUCUUCUUGAAGAUGGACAUGACGUGGACCCCCUGUCUCUACACAGGAGGACCCGCUCUAACCGUCAGCCUUUAAUAGCAUUGCAACCAUGCCAAGGAAGAGGGAGGGGGUGCGGACUGAGCUGGUUGGUGUUUCUGUGCCUCUGCAUGCUCUGGAAAUGGCUCUUGGUGCCUCAUAUCCUGUCAAUGUAGUGCUUUCCUCUUCCUGUAUUUGUACAUGUCACAUUGGCUCUUUCAUAUAGCCGUCUAUGCUAACUUAGUGCUAGUUUGAAGAUUGCCAGACUUGUGUGAAGCUAACCAAUAUAUCAGCGGUUAAAUCAGAAUAACAUUGGAUUUUCUCCUUACAAUUAGAUAUUGUGCCCAUUU